AUGACUCCAGUACCGGUAGAUUUGAGUAAAAUUGACUACAAGGCUCUCCUUCGACAUAAUGUUCCUGGGAACGGCCACUAUCUUGGUAUGCGGUAUCAGCGAGGAGGACAACGAGGUUCUGGACUUGGGGGAAUAAUAUCAGCCGUUUUCCCUGCAUUUCUGAAAUCUUUUGCUGGUCAACAGUUGGUAACAGCAGGAAAGUCUUUGGCUUCCGAGAUGGCAAAUGGUAAUGAUUUUAAAUCAAGUUUGAAAAAUGUUGCGAAUCAAACUUUGAAAAAUUUGGCGAACCGAGGUGGUGGUAAAAAGAGAGGUGUUGGCAAAAAGAAGAAGAAGCCUGUCAUCAGCCAGGGUGGACGCGGAAAAAGGAUAAAAGGAGAGAGUAUAGCUGUUCUGAAGCCUCAUUUGGUAUCCGACACGAACCGUGUUAACUUUCUCUGA